GCUGUCAAACAAAUAUCAUGAAGUUGACAAUCAAAUUAUACCACCCUGACUCUUUUGAUUUUAUUAACGUUUUUUUAUAAGGAACAAGACACUAUUUUUAUUUUAUUUGUUAUAAAAAUAUUAAGAUGUUCGGAGCCUACUUCAAAUCAAAUUACUUGUUACCAAUACCAUGUUUCUAAGGAAUUUAUUAAAUCGAUAACUGUAUUAGUUCCAAGGAUUAGUGAUCGUGUGGGUUUCAUCAUGGCUAGUCCGAAUCCAGAUAAUGAUGCAGCUUCCAUAUUUGUCCAUAAAAGUGACAACAAGGAAAGGAAUUUUAAAAGUCCUGAACGAGGUGAUACAUCGACACGAAUAAACUCUAGUGUCAAACCGAGUAAACCAGCGGAAAUAAUUACGGUUAAAGACUUCUUUGAUUUUAUGAAAACGGCAUAUCAAGUCUAUGAGCAUUUAGAAGGCAAUGAAGACGAGGCUAAAAUAAAUUGGGAGGCACUUACUAAAUUGACCGUCAUAAAUCAUGUCAUAGAACCACAAGAGAGAGAACUUUUGAGGAAUACGGCACAUACAGAACAAAAGCCAAUAACCAGUAAAAGCGAUACAGCUUUAGAAAAGAAAACUAGCGAGAUAGUGCUCUUAGAAAAGCGGUUUAGUUACAAUGAUAUCGAAAGCAAAAAACGUUCUAUUCAUGGGGAAAUCAAAGUAGAGAUGCUUGGGGCCUGGACAGAGGCCAAUUUAAACUGUAAAUUAAACGAUGUAAUCAACGAAGGAAUUUUAGACUCCAUUUUACCCUAUUUAGUUGGAUAUAAAAAGCCGUCAAAAACUACAAGCGUUUAUACGCCUAUUAUUAAAAAAUCUAACAAUGAAUCAGAUGUGAAAAAACCUGCUAGUUUUGGAGGCUUCGUUCACGAAAAAGAGUCGAAAGAUCGAUUAGGGAGACGUAAAUCUUCUAUAAUUGCAAUUCAGGAAAAACUAAAUCAAAAGCAUGAGGGUGACGUUGAAAUUCACGUGUGCGACGAAGUGAAAGGUUUGAAAAAAGACUUUAAGUGUCCUCAAAAAUUACUUGUGUCCAAAAUGGGUUAUUUUGCUGACGUAACCGCUGGCCAGAGACUUGAAGAUAUGGAUAUAUCAGUACAUUGUGAUAUACAGAUUUUUGAUUGGCUUAUGAGAUGGGUGAAACGAGAUACUAUUCUCGUCGCUGAUUGGCCGCUGUUGGAUCCUCAUAACGUUAUACCCAUACUUGUGUCGGCAUCAUUUCUUCAGAUGGAGCCACUUUUGCACGAUUGCCUGAUAUACUGCCACGCGCACAUGAACGACAUUGUUAAAACGUCCACCAAUCUUGCUUGUUUGAGCGAUGCUCUGCUAACCAGGUUGGCAGCAAUGUACACGAACGCGGAGCUGGAGGCGGUGCGCGACCGACGCGACAAAAUCCAGUCGCGGCUGUACUGCAAACUGAUCCUCUCUCUGGCAGAACCUGUACCGGAGACCCUUCGCGGACACUACGCCACGCUCGCCACAUUGUUUAAAUGUACCAAAUGCAACAAGCUCCUGGGACGUCACGUGGCGGAGCAAGUGCCCUGCCAGCCCUCCAGCAUGAGAAUCGACCGCCGCGGUAACGUUGUUUCUGCGCACGCCAAAGACCUUUCUUGGAGCCUGAACGAGUACAUAACGUGGCUAUACGGAGAGCUGCGGUCAUGGCGCCGCGUCUACUGGCGUCUGUGGGCUGACUGCCACUUCCUGCGAUGUCAGCUUUGCGACACAUACUUCCCCGUGUAUCAGAUGGAAUGGUGCUCGCAUCACGAGCAGAGCGCGGCGCUGGUAGCGGGUGAUGCGGCGGCUGGCCGCUACCCCUGUUGCGGACAACGCGCCUACCGCUUUGAAACUCUACCCCGUAACACUGGUUGCCAGUUCCGGGAGCACGUGCCGGAGGAACGUAAUGCGGGCGAGGCGGCUGUGGUGGCGCUGUACGCGCGCUUUCGCGACCUCAUCGCCAUGCGUCCACCGCACCUCGUCUACCCCGAGCGACUUACUAGAUUCGUUGCCAGAGAGCCAAAUGAAGAAAAUAGCGGUCGUUUGCAAUGCAGGGAAGUAUUCUGGUGGGAGGGCAUUCAGCUGGUGCCACCUCGACAGCCUCUCGGAUUGCUGGGGAAGCUGUACACUAGCAACACCAAAUUUAACCCGAGCAUUCGUCCCGGCUCACCGUCUGUCUCCAAGACACAGUCACCGCCGCAAAGCAUCGGCGGAACCAGCAGAGCCAGCACGAUAUCAUCUUGCCUCUCUGAUCAGCGCGAGCUCAAGGCAAAGUUAAUAUCCGAAUCCGGCCCCAAGAUCAAGCAAGGCGCGUCCGGGUGCGGCGACGUGUCGGGCAGCGCGGGAGGCGCGACGGGCGUAAGGGGGGCCAGCGUUCGCGGAAGUUCAGCGGGCAGCGAGCAGAGCGCCAGCUCUGAUAGCGACAGCGCCAACAGUGACGAGGACCGGCCGCCGCGCCGCCCACAGCGUCCUCCGCCGGUCACGCCUGCUAGGUCUAAGAAGGGGCGCGUGGUGGGUCGUCAGUGGCUGCCUUCGGUGUCGGCACGCAGCAAUCAGGACGGGCAACGCCGAUACGAGGAGCGCGCUGCGACUCAGAUGCGCACCGCGCUCGCUCGCCGACACGCGCAGCUAGUGCGGCCCAAGCCCACACCAGGAGGUGUAUACGCGCGUCUAGAGGCAGAGUGGCGGGAAAAGUACGCGCCGCGGCCUCGCGUUGCCAUCUCAGCGAGGCCGCGCCCAGCAGUCGCCAAAUAUAAAUGAAAAUAUUUCGAAAUCAAUAUACUAAAAAACGUCACUGCAUUGUUUUAACCUUAUUUUGCUGUAAUUUAAACGAUUUGAUACUAUUUUCUCUUUACUUCAACAACC